GAACCAUCCAGCAGCUGCACAAUGGCUGCUGCAACGCCACGAUCCUCCUUCCAUGGGGCUGCAGCUCCAGCCAUGUGGUGCCUCCUACUCAUUUUCCUAGUGCCAACCGUCGCCACCGCGUCGACUGUGGUCUCCGGCGCCGCCGAGACGUCGUCGUUGAUCAACGGCAGCUGCAUCGCGGCCGAGAGGGACGCGCUGAUCUCCUUCAAAGCUGGCAUCACAAGCGACCCCAGCAGACUGCUGGAAUCGUGGCGAGGUCGAGACUGCUGCCGGUGGUACGGCGUGAGGUGCAGCACCCGGACAGCCCGCGUCGUGAAGCUCAACCUCCGCAACGAUUACUUCGACGACGAUUUUUUCAGUAAUGACGACCGAGUCGUUCAUGGGCUGCGUGGGCAGAUAAGUUCAUCGCUUCUUACCUUACGCCAUCUCAAGCAUCUAGAUCUAAGCGGAAAUGCUCUCGGGGGCAACAUGUCUAUACCGGAAUUCAUCGGUUCUCUCAGGAGCUUGACUUAUGUCGACCUCUCUAACAUGAAUUUCAUUGGUCGAGUACCUCCUCAGCUAGGCAACCUCACCAAAUUGGUAUACCUCGACAUUCACAAGGAUUUCUUUUAUGCAGAUGCAUUUGCAUAUGCAUAUUCAUCAGAUGUUUCAUGGUUGGCAAGUCUGCACUCACUGGAGUAUCUUGACAUCAGCAGUGUGAAUCUUAGCGCAGCAGUUGGCUGGGUUCAUGCGGUGAACAACCUUCCAAAUUUGAGAGUAUUGCAUCUCAGCAAUUGUGGACUUAAUAGUUCAACUCCGUCACUUGGACAUUAUAACCUUACGGUUCUGGAGGAACUUUACCUGCCCAGUAACCCUUUUAACAGUCCCGCUGCACCCAAUUGGUAUUGGGAUGUAACUAGCCUUAAGGUUCUAGACAUUGGAGGGUGUGAAUUGUCAGGGCCCUUUCCUGAUGAGUUGGGAAACCUGACCAUGUUGGAAACCCUUCACAUGGAAUGGAAUGACAUCAAGGGGAUGAUACCAGCAACACUGAAAAACCUCUGCAGUUUACAGACGGUAUACCUCGCCGACAACAACAUUGGUGGUGAUAUAACAGAUCUAAUGGAGAGGUUACCAAACUGUUCCUGGAAUAGUUUGCAAGAGUUAAAUUUGUUUGAGGCCAACAUCACUGGCACGACAUUAAAAUCAGUACUCAACCUCACUGCCUUAAGCAUACUUAAUCUUCAGGAAAAUCAUUUGAGUGGUUCUGUGCCUAAGAAGAUAGGAACACUAAAAUAUUUGACUGAACUGCAUAUUGGUGGUAACAGCUUGAGUGGUGUGAUAUCAGAAGCCCACUUCUCUAGUUUGAUCAAUUUGGAGUCCAUUGACUUUUCUCAUACUUAUCUUCAAGUCAAGGUGCACCCGGAUUGGGAACCUACGUUCAACUUGGAUAGGGCAUCCUUUUCAUCUUGUCAUUUGGGUCCCCAGGUUCCUAAUUGGCUUCGAUGGCAAAAGAGCAUUUUUGAGCUUGAGAUGUCGGACGCAGGUCUCACUGGUAGGAUCCCAGAUUGGUUUUGGACUACAUUUUCAGAUGCCAUGCAUCUAGACCUCUCUUACAACAAAAUUAGCGGUGAGUUACCACUUAGUUUGGAGUUCAUGUCAGUACAAGAGCUCUUUCUCCAGUCAAAUCGUUUAAUUGGUUCCAUACCACAGUUACCAAGAAGCAUUACGCUAUUGGAUAUCUCCAAAAAUUCAUUGAGUGGACAUAUGCCAUCAAAUUUUGGAGCUCCAUAUUUACAGGUUGCAGUUCUCUUUUUCAAUUAUAUAACCGGGAUCAUUCCAUACUCGAUUUGUCAAUCGCCUCACCUGCGGGUUUUAGAUCUAUCGAACAACCUUUUAACAGGGGGACUACCUAAUUGUGGCAAAGAAGACCUAAAACAAAUGAACCCAUAUGGCAAGAACUCAUCAAGGAUCAACUUUGCAAAUUCUUAUAGUUUGGAAAUUCGUAUUCUCCUACUAAGGAACAACAGCCUUUCAGGUGGAUUUCCAUUAUUCUUGAAACAAUGCCAAAAUCUUGUAUUCCUCGAUCUAACUCAAAACAUGUUCAGUGGGAAUUUACCUACAUGGAUAAGUAAAAACAUGCAAAGAUUGGUAAUGUUGCGGUUAAGAUCUAACAACUUUUUUGGUCAUAUUCCAAUUGAAAUAACAUGGCUUUUUUCUCUUCGUAUCCUUGAUCUCGCAAAUAACACUUUUUCUGGUAUUAUGCCACGUUCUCUUGAGAAUUUGAAAGCUCUGACUACCACUGUUACGGAUUUAGAUACAAUAGAUGAUCCUUUUCUAGAAGUUCAUCAGUAUACAUAUACAGUCUCACCAUCUGAUGAGUCCAAUAAUGAUAGCUUAUCAUUGGUAAUUAAAGGGCAAGUGCUUGAGUACAGAGAGAAUGCCAUAUAUUUUAUGAGCAUCGAUCUUUCUUGCAACAGAUUAACCGGCCAAGUCCCGGAAGAAAUAGGUUCACUUAUUGGGCUGGUAAAUCUGAACUUGUCAUCAAACUUCUUAAGUGGAAAUAUCCCGUAUAAGAUUGGCAAUCUUCUAUAUUUGGAGUCUCUUGACUUGUCCAACAACCAACUUUCUGGUGAAAUUCCUUGGGGAUUGUCAGAUUUGACUUCACUGAGCUAUCUGAAUUUGUCCUACAAUAACCUAUCAGGCAGAAUACCUUCCGGACAUCAAUUAGACACUCUCAAGACAGAUGAUCCUGCUUCAAUGUACAUUGGCAAUUCUGGUCUUUGUGGGCAUCCACUUCCAAAGGCAUGUCCUGGAGAUAAUCCAGCACAAGAUCCCACCAGGUGGCAUGAAGAUGACAGCUCUCAAUUGGAUUUCCAUCUUGGUUUAAUCGUGGGAUUCUUGGCGGGACUUUGGAUAAUAUUUUGUGGUCUUUUGUUCAAGGAGACUUGGAGAUACACCUAUUUUAGCCUAUUCGACAAACUAUACGACAAGGUGCACGUCUUCUUUGUAGUCACUUGGGCAAAAUGGUUCAGAAAACUAGGUACAAACUGAGCAUGUAUUAAAGGCACAUCUAUGGCGUACCGAUUGGAAUGGUACCUGUGACUGUGGACCUUUGGAUUUUAAGUAAUGAAUCGAUCACAUCACCACGGCAAUAUUAGAAGCUUUCAAGGUGUUAAACUAUAAUAAAUGUGUGGUAUAUUGUUGUACUGUAAAUCUGUAAUGUAAGAUGCUGUUAUUUGUAAAACAACCUCCACAAUUGGCUGUGUGACCUGCUUGUCUUUUGGA